GAUUCCCGAGGUCAAAAUAUACAAGAAUCCAGUGAAAAAUCAAUUAUUUAUACCUGACCCCAAAACCAACAUUUUUCAAAAUCUAUUGUGAUACCAUAGUGAUACGUUCCGACUAAUUUUCACCUCAGGAACACGAAUAUGCCGAGUAAAUUGAGCACAGGAUAAAACUGAUGAUAAAAUCCCAAAUUUUUUGUUUUCGAAGACGAAAAACUCGCAAUUCAUUGAUUAAUUAGCAAGUUAGAUCAAUUAAGCAACUGCACGAUUGACUAUUCGCCUACGUAAAAAGUAGAAGCGUGCUGCUCGGUUUUGCCAGUCAAUAAGUUUAGGCAUCUUUGAUAUAUACAUAAAAGAAAGCUAUAUCUUAUGAAUCUAAAAUAAUAGAAUUCCAGCUAUUGGAUGGCGAAUGCCCCUUCGAAUUUUUUUUUCAAUUUUGGGGUCAAACAUCAACAUUUUUUUCAAUUAGGUUUUAUAUGGUGGCGAAUGAAAAAUUACCUCGUAUAUUUUGUGGAUUCUUCGAGUUCACGAGUCGAUUUAAUAUCCGGCGAGUUUUCGCGAGUUUCGACUCGGAUAUGAAUUGUUUCUGAAAGCAAAAAGGGAUUAUUGUAUUUGGCGAGAUAGAGGAGGGAUCUCUUUGAACUAAGGAACAAGACAAAACAGAGUUUAGACAGUAACGAAACGAUACGUAUAAUUAAUUCAGUGAUUGAUGACAUCUUGGUAAAUUUCUGAAAAGAGGAUGAUACUGAUCGGUCGUUGUGACUCGAUUCAUCUUCUGAUACUCUCGCAAAAACUUCUCUCUGUUAUCUACUCGAUUAACUAACGAAAACAGCGACCAUUAUCACUCUAAAAAAUAGUGGCGAGGCCAUUUCUAUCCUGCUUUGCCGUCAACGAUCGCCGCUUUGAUCCUGGGGGAUUUCUGGAGGACUCAUGGCCCCGCAACUACUCGCCUGGUCAUCUCACCUCCCGGAGGAAUGCAGCUUCAUUUAAUCAGAUUCGACCUAUUUCUACCGCUACUUGUCAGCUUGAUGAUCGUUGAAGCUCUAGAAGAAUUGUCACCCGUUUCGACACUUACGGCCAAACCUAUUGCAAUGUCAUUCGAACGAGUUUCGUCUUCCUGGGCAAGAAAUGGGGAAGGCUCCGAUGGCUUUCACCCUGAGUUUGUUUUAAAAUCAGCUGAAAUCGGAGGAUCGAUGUCACAUUUUGAUCAAAAAAUUGGUGGGCCUUGGCGUCGUCGUGCUGUUGGCAACCGAAAGGUCAGCAAAAUGACCUAUCCUAGCGCUAAUUAUUCCACGGCAAAGUUGGCGGAAAAAAUGGCAGAAGAAGCUCUCAGCUCCAGAGAAAUGCAGAACACAAUCAAAGAACUGACCUCUCUGAAAGGCCACAUCAAACAACAUGUACAAGAAAGGGUGGAAGAACUGGAAGAUCAAAUGGAAAAAAUAUCUCAGUCAACCAAAUCGACGACCCAUAGCCCACCGAAAACGACCGUUAGGAACAAAGCUACGCACAAAAGGCACAGAAGCCAUGCCGCGCGAAAGCCCAAAGGGCAUCGGAAGCCAAAUCGGAAACAUCACCGUCCAAAACAUCAUUCGAAACGUCAUUAUCCAAUGAAUCCUCAAAGUCGGGACGUAAAAGGGAGAACAGAAAGUCCGUGAGUGGAGAAAGAGAACCGGAGCUGAAGAAGAUGCGUAGAUCAGCGGAAUCGGUCGGUUUCC